CAGAGUGGACCUGUCUUCUUCUCUGGAGUGAGGAGUUUUCAAUUGAACAUCCUCUGCAUCCGUUUUUUAAGUUGCUUAUUUAACAGAUUUGCGUUCGUUUAACUCAGGCGCAUUAAUCAGUCAUGGCUGCCUACAAAUUAGUGUUGAUUCGCCACGGAGAGAGCAACUGGAACCAGGAGAAUCGGUUCUGCGGCUGGUUCGAUGCAGAUUUGAGCGAAACCGGUGAAAAGGAGGCGAGGAGAGGUGGACAGGCCCUGAAAGAUGCCGGCUUUGAGUUUGACAUUUGCUACACCUCUGUGCUGAAGCGGGCCACCAGGACACUGUGGCUGGUCCUGGACAGCAUUGACCAGAUGUGGGUGCCAGUGCAUCGCACCUGGCGGCUCAAUGAGCGCCACUACGGAGGCCUGACAGGGCUAAACAAGGCAGAGACGGCCGCUAAGCACGGAGAGGCUCAGGUGAAGAUCUGGAGACGCUCGUUUGAUAUCCCUCCUCCCCCCAUGGGCCCAGACCAUGACUACUAUGCUAUCAUCAGCAAGGAUCGUCGCUAUGCAGACCUGACUGAGGACCAGCUUCCUUCCUGCGAGAGCCUGAAGGACACCAUCGCACGGGCGCUGCCAUACUGGAAUGAGGAGAUUGCCCCUCAGAUCAAACAGGGAAAGAGGGUGCUCAUUGCCGCCCAUGGAAACAGUCUGAGGGGGAUUGUUAAGCAUCUUGAGGGAAUGUCAGAUGAAGCCAUAAUGGAACUGAACCUGCCUACUGGCAUCCCCAUCCUCUACGAGCUUGACAAGAACCUGAAGCCCUUGAAGCCGAUGCAGUUCCUUGGGGACGAGGAGACUGUACGCAAAGCCAUGGAGGCUGUGGCUGCUCAGGGAAAGGCCAAGAAGUAAAGUCCUAUCUGUGUAUGACAGUGUAGAAUUCCUCAACAGCCGGCCUCAGAUUAGUGUUCUUCUUAAAUCUUAAUUUAUUUUGGAUUGUACUACAUGAUGAGUACACUGUAGAUUGUUGUCAAAGGCAACCUCACUCUACUUGCACAGUACAGGGAUAUUAGGACCAGGGGACCCACCGCUCUCAAGAGAGUGUAAAUUGUUUUUGUAAAAAUGGUCCAUUAAUAUUACAAUCUUAAAACAGAUAAUAUAGAUUUGUUUUUCUUUUGUUUUUGUUUUUUUGCAUAAAGUCUUAAGAUGUGGUGUCCUAGGCUGCAAUGUUAAACGUCAGGGUAAAUAGUAAUGAAGCCAAUUACAGAAAAAACAGUGAAAUCUAGGCUGUGGUCGAUGCCACAUCAGGCUACUUUUCGUGUUUUGAUGCUACAUACACAUGAGUGGAGACAGGACUCCUGUUGCUGUUGCCUAUGCUUAUACUGUAUGGCUAUGUGAAAUAUUGUUUUCCGAAUGCACUGAUGGUGGUGAGGACAUUGUACCUAUGUGUCACUUUUCAAAGCAUUUAAUGGAUGCAUUCCACUGAUAAAGGGAUGUAAUUUUACAGUCUCUUGAGAGCAGUUAGGACAGCUAAACAGUCCAUUUCUCUUACUUUUUCUGUCUAUGAAUGGUUUUUGUGUAGUGUCCUUGUAUGUUGUUGCUGUCAGUGUUGUGUCUGAUAAUAUGUAUUUUUCUCUUUGUGUUUCAUCAAGUUAAGCCCAGUUCUAACAGUGCUAAACACUGCAUUGUCAGUCCCCUGGUUUCACAGUACCAUUGUGAAGCAUGACUACCGAAGAUUAAAAAUAAGGUCUAAUUUUAGCCAUUAUCUUUGUUACUCUGUAUGACUGCCUUUGGUCUGUCUUUGCCUCUUGGUGUCAUAGUAUUUAUGUGCCUCCAGCUCCUGUUCCUGCAGUAAAUGCCUACAGCUGGCCUCACAGCCUAAUGAAGCAGCAGUGGUGGAUGUAGGAAAACUGUUUGGAUUUGGUGUGAAACAUCCUAUUAUGUCUUACAGUACAUUUUAAAUGGAAUUCUCUCUGCGUUGGUUAAAUGU